AUGGUACGGCACCGCCGGAGUGUCCGGGACUUGAUGGGCAUGAAUAUCUCCGGGUGGCUGGAGGACUUGGCAAAAGAUUUGCUGCUCCAGGCCAGUGCUGAUCCUGCUGACAAGGAGAAGACGAAGUCAGCCAAGAAGGAUGAUAAGAAGGGAAAGAAGGAGAAAAAGGAGAAGAAAGAAAGCAGGGCUGAGAGAGAGAAGAAAAAGAAGAAAAGAGGCUCUUCCUCGGAUGAGAAGGAGAGCGACUCUGACUCCUGUGAGUCGCAGUCUUCGCACGGCUUUUUUUCGGAGAUCCAGGCCAUGUUUUGUCUUCGCCAGAAGGACUUGAUGAGGCAGAACGGGCAAGACAGGUUGGAUGAUCUGUCGACGAGGCAGAUCGCCUUUGUGGUCUCCGGCGCCGGGGCUGGCUCCUACUUGGGGGCGGCCGAUCUCCAGGAGAUUGGCGGUGAACUCGAAGCAGUCCACAGCGACAGGGCACAGCACGCCAAGAAGACCAAGCAGAAGCUGGAGGAGAACCAAGCAACGGCACAGGCUGCCUUGGCUAGCACGUUGUGGCGGAAGCGACUCGCGAAGAAGGACUGGAAGAAGCAUCACCUGGAAGCCACCCUGGAAGCCGAAGUCGAGAAGUAUCGCAAGGAGGAGCCCGCGAAAGCCCCGAAGACAAAGGCUAAGACUCCCACAGGGAAUCGCAAGGAGGAGCAGGAGGAAGAAUCUGAUGAUCCCCCGGGAGAAGAUGAUGAACCAAAUGGUGAUGAUGAUGAGGAAGAUGACGAAGGCUUCAAGGAGGAGGGCUGGCCAGCUUCGGGCGACGACGGCGACGACGACGACGAUGAUGAUGAUGAUGGUGGUCGGGGCAAAGGGAAACCGGCUAAGGGGAAGGAGCCGGGAGAGGAGGAGGGAGAGUCUUCGGAUGGAGACUUGUUUGACGGCAAGUAUGGCCGCUCGAAGGUCGACACGCCGCAGGCCAAGACGCAGACGGCCGAGACACUGUUGCAGAAGCUGAGCCCACAGAUUCAGAAGCAAGCCCAGAGCAUCGAGCAGUCUGUGCUGAAGUCAUUGCCCCAAGACAUCCCCAUGCAAGACUUUUCCCUGUUGGUGCAGAUCUUGCUGAAGGAAGAGGUGUAUACUAUGGAAUCCCUCCUGGACUGCCUUGACCUGGAUGGCGGCUUUAUCGGGAACCUUGGGGAGUCCAAGAGCCUUUAUUCUCGCCUCAGUGCUUUGGCCAAGAAGGCUGCGAAGAUUUGGCAAAACAAGCUUAUUGAUCUGAUUGAUUCCUUCCGGGCUAGAUGCUUGGAGAUGAAAAUUGUGGAGACGGACCUCCAGGGCUACACUUUCCUCUGGAGGGUAGAGGAGGCAUGGCAAAUUAUGAAAAGACAGACGGCUUUCCAUAAUUGGUUCACGAAGAUGCAAGAACUCCAGGGCGCCCAAUUGGCCACCGAAUGGCGGGUGGCCUGUGGGCUGCAAGUCAGAGGCUGCAAGCCUCGUUUGCAGAAGUCUGCGAUGGCAGCACUGGAAGUGAUUACAGGGGUGGCCUUGCCGGCCGAUUAUGUGCUGGAUCUUCUUCCCGGCAAUGAUGAAUGUAUUGUGAAGGUCAGAAACCACCAGGUGGACCUUGCAAGCCUCAAGACUUUCCUCGACUACACCGGAGUCCGCAUGUCUAAAGUGGCAUGGUUCAUCUUCCGAGCACCAGCUCACGACACCUUCCAGGACGAGAUUCGAUAUGGCCGGCUGCACAAGCGACUCAUUCAUCGGCUGGCACAGCUGGCCGAGGGCCAGUCGCCAACCAGCUCUGUUGUACACCUAGCAGUUUAUCCUGAGUACAUGUCACACUGUGGUUUCGUUUUUAUACCGAACUGCUCCAGGGAUGGGCGGCGAGCCCGUGGUGAGCCGAAGCUCCAGAAUGUGCUGGCAAUCGAGCGAUUCAUGACGAGAGGCGGGGGUUUUGUCAGCUCCACACAAGAUAGCAGCCUGGAGUCUUUGGAGUUGGGUGGAAUCCUCCCCGCGAACUACCACAGGACAGCUUCGGAUUUUGUCUACAGACAUAUUCGAAAAACUGGCGAGAUGCUGUCCAAGGAGAUGGCAAAGCAGUCGCUCAAGAGCUUGGCUUUUCUGUGCGACGUUUGGCUCCCUGUCGUCUCUGCGAAUCAGUUUGCAUCUGUGGCAACUUUGCAGAAGCUGUCGGCUUUGCUGCCAAGCACAGUUGCUGCUUCGGAGAAGAUGAGAAUCGCUCAAGAAGUGGCCGACUCGACUACACAGCUGCUGGUGGCGGAUCGCCGCACCAAGGACCAUAAACCCAAAAUGCCCAGAAUCAUCAGCAGCAUUCACCAAGAGAAGCUCACCGCCAGAGAGCACAUCCGAGCCGUGGCCAAUGUCCUGAAUCACGUGGGGAUAUCGCUGGAUGAUGUAUUUCCCAAGAACCCGCUGAAGCCUCUGAACCCAUCUUCUGAGAUUUCUACGACUUACACCCUGAGCGAGAAGACGAUGCCUUUCAUUACGUCUUUUGAAGACGGGGGUUCGAGAUGGGAUGUCCCAGAUGCUGACUCCCCUCACAUUCGAUUGAUCGUGUGCCCCGACGAGGGAAGCCCAAUGUUCAGCAGCUAUGUCUUCCUGGCCACCCGGAAUGCUUCCAUCAAUUUGUGUCGCGAUGAGCUGCACAAAUUGAGCCAGUACUGCCUGCGAGUUCUGGCAUCCUCGCCCAUGAUGAAGCGAAUGAGUGUGCUCACUUCGUGGCUUUACAAAUGCCGCAAGAGCCCCUGGAAAACCCACGGGAUCGGCAGCACUCUCUGUGCUGCUGGCAAGCGAUAUCUUGACGUGGCGGCACCUGAUGAUGUUCUGCAGCAGCUCUUCGGCCACCACAUCCUUGUUGAGAACGACAUCAUCCCCGAGUGCGACGAGAAGGUGAAUUUCGAUCGGGUUUCGGAGAUUCUGGGGAAGCUUUGCAGGACAGCUUUGUUGGGUACGGGCAACAACCCCUUUGCAGUGCUGGACACAGCGGGCCAAGCUGACCCGGAGAAAUCGUGGGACAAAGUACUCGAUUUGUGCAUCAAGGCUUUAUGUGAUGAGCAGAUCCACAUCCUCUGGAAGUUCACCCGCGAUCUGAUGCAACCCUUCCGCGACUUGUGCAUCGAGCUUAGCAAGAAGCUCCUGGCUCUCUAUGAUCACGUGCUGAAGAUGAACUCGAACUUCAUGGAACGAACACUUAGUAGCCUGGCUGCCAAAGUGCUCUGCUCGCCCGGUCUUCACCAGCCGCCAGACAUUGCAGCAGUGCUUCAGCACGAGGUUCUGAAGGAGCAGUUGACUGGCUUCCUGAGCUGUUGUCACGAACUCCAGGAGUACGUGCUUUACCUUCGGAGUUUUCCAUGUCGGGCUGCCGCUUAUUGCUCAACCGAAGCAACAUCGGAAACUCGGGAUGAAAUUCUGAAGGCUGCUGAGGAAGAGUACGACAUGAUCCGGGAAAUCGAGGCCACACCUUCCGGCUCCAGUGUGCUCAAGCAGCAUGCUCUGCACACCACGUUUCAGGUGUACCGGGAGAUCAUGGCAACCAUGCAGCUGCACCAGUUCAAGGAUUGCAAGGCAAUAGAGGACAUUGUGCAAGCAUGGUACCCUCGUUGGGGCCAGUCAUCCAGUUUGGAGCAGGUGUUUCGAGAGCUGGAGCAGGCUACGAAAAGGGUGGGUCAUGUGGGAAACUCGAUGUCGAACCUCUCCUGUGUGGCUGUGCGGGCUUUGGAAAGAAGGGUUUGCUCCGGCGAACAGUGUCCUGAGACGCCGUCCUUGUGCGAAAAGGACUGGGAGGGCCAGGUGGUACGCAGCCUCAAGGACAAGAUGUGGCAUCCCACUUCUGCUCCUGUCUGUAAGAACGUGAAAAUCGACGAGAUCGUAAAGCCUUUUACCACCAUGACGGCCUACUCUCAGACGCACCACAACUUCAACUGUGUUUUGGGGUGGAAGGAAGCGAAAAGGAUUGGCACGAGCCCCAUCGAUUCGAUCGGCGCCAUGUGGGUUGCUGGAUGCUUCGUGGCGGGAACACUCUUUCGGCAGCACGUGAUCCGUCUGAAAGAGAUUUCCUGGCAGUUUGCUGGCAAGCUGCCGCCUGAGAAGCUGGACGAGAGACGGAUGCCAAAGAUGAUGAAAGAAUUUAAAGAUCCUUUCCAGGAGCAGACAGACAGCACAAAGGCUCUCGUGAUGGAGAGUGGGCCGAGACACAGCUGA